GCGCGGGCGGGUGCGGCUGGGUCCUCCAGCCCUCCAGAAGGAGCUGCUCGUGCCCGGGGAGCGGGGCCGGGCGGGCGUCCGCCGGGGGAAGAUGGAGGCGGGCGGCCGGGAGCGGUGAGAGCCGCGGGGCGCGAUGCUCGCCCCGUUCGGAGCUCCCCAGCCAUGUUCAACCAGCAGCAGUUCCAGCAGCAGCUGCUGCAGCUCCAGCACCUCCUCCAGCAGCAGCACCACCACCACCCCCCGGCGCAGCAGGGAGGCCGCGGUUUGCCGCCGCCGCCGCCACCACAACAGCAACAGAUGCUGAGCUUACGGGCAGCAAAUCAACCAUCCCUUCUCAAUGCCAAUCCUAUGCUUCAGCGGGCCUUACUCAUGCAGCAGAUGCAAGGAAACCUGCGUGGAUUUAACAUGACAGCCCCAGCACUGCAGCAGUUUUUCCCUCAGGCUACGAGGCAUUCCCUCCUAGGGCCUCCCCCUGUCGGGGUCUCAUUAAAGCCCACUCGCCUGGGUUUCCCCAACCUUCCCUUCCAGCGGCAGAACCGGAUGUUUCGCAAGGACUUCCAGAGGCUCCCUGACAGGAAGCGGGAGCUGGAUGCAGGUUCUUCAUCUCACAUGCAUGGUGAUGAGAAAAUGGAAUUUAGAGGGGAACUGCGAGCAGGGUCAGAGCAGAACAACUCCCUGUCCACAGAACCAAGAACUCCAGCAGAAUCUCUGUUGAACACUGAGCCUGCAGCAAAAAGACUGAAGAGUGUGACUGAAGAGUCUGCAUUAGAGAAUGCAGCAGGCAGCAAGGAAGAGUUGAGCACCCAUGUGCAAGCUGAUGGUACAAAUAAUGUAAAGCAGUACGCAGCUGAAAGUCUCUCUAAAGAGAGGAAAUUCUCUGAGGAACCGAAGGCUCCUGAGGUGUUGAGCUCUGGAGGUUCACUGAAAGUGACUAUCCAGCAGAGCAGCGAGAGCAGAGCUAUCAGUACAACAGCUCUGAAACCAGGGCAGUGGACCUGCGAGAUGGGCACAGCUGAUUCCAACCCUGAAUCAGCCCUUAAAUUCUACUGUUACAUCUGCAAGACCAACUGCUGCAAUCAGCAGAAUUUCCAAGCCCACAUGGCUGGAAUUCAGCACCAGCAGCGACUUGGGGAGAUUCAGCACAUGAGCAAUGUUUGUUUUGUUUCUCUACUGCCUAUGGUGAAGGAGCAGAAGUUGCUGGCGGAGAAAGAUGGAGAGACCCAGCAGCGGUGGUGUAACACGUGUCAGAUACACUUCACAGGGGAUCUGAUCAAACAUCGCAGGACCCAGGAACACAAGCUGGCCAAACGCUCACUUCGUCCUUUCUGCACUGUCUGCAGCCGCCAUUUCAAGACCCCUCGCAAGUUUGUGGAGCAUAUGAAGUCUCCUGAGCAUAAACAGAAAGCCAAAGAGGUGAGACUGGGAGAGAAGGAAUUGGGCAGCCCAGAAGAUUCAGAGGAGUUGAUCACAGUGGAUGCUGUUGGCUGUUUUGAAGAUGAUGAAGAGGAGGAAGAGGAGGAGGAAGAAGAGGAGGGAACUGGUGAGGGAGAAGACCUUGAUGUAGUGCUGGUAGAGAAUGAGGAUUCUGCUGCCAAGCAGAGUGGGCUGAAGGAAGUGUCUUUGGAGGAUUACAAAGGAAGUGAGAAGUAUUGCCCAGAUACAGCCUAUGGCCUGGAUUUUCUGGUCCCCGUCGCAGGUUACCUCUGCAGGCUGUGUCACAAAUUCUACCAUAGCGACUCUGCUGCCCGGCUCGCACACUGCAAGUCCCUGAUGCAUUUUGAGAACUUUCAGAGAUACAAGGUAGCAAGGCAUCGUGCCACAGCUGCCUGUCCGGAGGCUCCUUUGCAUUCCCAGGGCUCCAGCUCCCAAUUGCUCGAUGAUCAGGAACAGCCUCCUGCUACAACAGAAGAUAGCAGCAAGAAGAUGAAUGCCAAUCAUGGGCUAGACAAGGAGGGUACAGAGCUGUCAGCACUGCAAGAACAAGCUCUGAGGUCUCCAGAGGGUAAGGGCAAGCUGGCCACCUCUGUAGCAGAGAGCAAAAGCCUAGCCAGCAUGACUGAUGUGUGUGAAAUCAUGGUUGUAGAAGAAAGCCUACAGGAGAGCAGAUCCACUGCCACUUGCCCGCUCCCCGAAGAGAGCAGCGCCGCAGGGGAGUUGCUGGGACAUGCUGUGUGUGAGGAGGAGGAAGCCAAUGCAGCCAGGGGAUAUGGUUCAUGAAGUAGAUGGAUGCAGACAUUUUUUCCCAUUUUCUUCCACUACGAAUACCACGUAGUUCCCCUCUGCUUCCUUCUAAGGCAGAGAAGUUUGUUUCUUGGGAGACUGUGCCCAAUUCUGCUCUUCCGAAUGGUUUUCUUUCAAAGAUGCACACUCUGGGACCACUACUGUGUCCUAAGCUAGGCAACAACGUGCAUCUUGCUCAUCUGUUAAUACCAUAAAGCUUAAUACAGUCUGUUCUCAUAGUGGAGACUCUCAGGAACAAAUUUUGUUUCAACUGAUUUUAAUAAAACAGAUUUCUUAUAACUUCUUCAA